AUGUCCACAAAUGUACCAGCGGAAUUAAGUGAUGCCCAAAUGUACAGACCACCACCAGGAUAUACAUCAUAUCGAACAACAAAAUUCCUGGAAGAUAGUGUUUAUUCAUCUAAGAAACAACCGAACGGAUCAGGUGCAAUGGAACAGAUUGAUGUUAGUGAACUGUCUAAAGUUAUAAAAUCAAAUCUAUUGAAAGAUUUGCAUACCAAACAAACAAUUAUAGAAGCAUUUAUGUUCCAACUACUGAAAUCCAUGAAAAAAUUCAAAGCGAUCGAACACAGUAAAAGUAAAUCUGUUACGAUAAAUGACGAAAGUUAUUCAAAGUUAAUUAGAAUGACACAAAGUUUAUUGUCAGAAAAACAAAAUUUACGACGAAAAACUGAUAUAUUAAAAGAAGACUUGACAAUAUUGAAUGACGAGUAUUUAAAUACACGUAAACUUUUGGAUGGUCUAACAUUAGAGCAUAUGACUUUAUGGAAGCAUAUUAUUCAAUUAAAAAGAGAUUUAGAGGAUAAAAUAAUUCAGGUUGAAAAUUUAUUACGAAUCAAAUCAAUAUUACAACAAUAUUAUGAAAUUUAUGCGAUCCUUAAAAUACAUGAGGAAAAUCAAAAAAACGAACUAAAUCAAGUAAAAUUCAAAAAUGCAAAUUUGGAAAGUCUAUCGAAAGAAUUGGGAAUGUCGUCAGGAACUGUAAUACAAGAAUGCGAAAACCUAAAACUCAACAAUGUACAACUAAAACAACAAAUACAACGCAGAUACGAAGAGGAGAUAAAUUUACGUGUAAGAAUAGAACAAUUAACACAUGAAAAUAAAAUAUUAAAACAUGAAUUAACACAAAAUCAGGUUGAACAAAUAAACAAUAGUUCGCCUAGCAAUGAAAUUACUAAAAUUUGUGAAAACUUUCAAGCGUUACAAAGAGAAUACUAUCAACUUCAACAGCUUUUCACUGAAGAAAAUGAAAAAAGAAGACUUUUGCACAACCAGCUACAAGAAGUGAGUGGGAAUGUUAAAGUUUUAUGCAGAUGUCGUCCUGCAACUAAAUCAAAUAAUCCCUGUAUACUUAAGUUUAAAUCAAUUGAUCGAAUUAUUUUACCGAUUGUAAAUGUGCAUCAACGUCAUACGCAUUUAAAGUCAACGAGGAAGCAUACUGUGAAUGAAUACGUAUUUAAAUUUAAUCGUGUCUUUCGUCCUGAAGCCAAACAACUAGAUGUGUUUGAAGAGAUUCAACCAUUUAUCACUUCAUGCAUAGAUGGUCACAACGUCUGUAUAAUGGCAUAUGGGCUUAAAGCUUCAGGUAAAACGUAUACAAUACAAGGUUCAGUUAAUGAUCCUGGUAUUGCUUUGAGAUCAAUAACUAAACUAUUUGAACUAUGUCGAUCAUUACAAAUUAUUUGGACUACACAAAUCAGCAUUGCAAUGCUUGCAAUACAUAACGAAAUUAUCUACGAUUUACUGAGUGAAAAAACCAAACAAGUGAAAUUAUCCGAUGAGAGUAUUGAUGUAAGAUUGAUUGAAAUGGAAGAGAAAAUCGCAGCUAAUGAACAUGACAUGAUUUAUUGGAUAACAAAAGGUAAUAUACAACAUAAAUUGAUAUCGAAUACACCAGAUAUCGAACCAUCACGUGCACAUUGCAUAAUCCGUUUACAGAUUACACUAUACGAUGCAUUCAAUAAAACAGAACGUAAUUCAUCAUUAAUUUUAUGUGAUCUUGCUGGAUCAGAAAGUGCAGAACGAAAUAAAACUAAUUGUGAUGCACGUGUAGAAAUUGAAUAUGUCAAUAAGUCCUUAGCAACAUUGGCACGUGUAUUUGAAGCACUUCGACGUCUCAAUCAUUCAUUGAAAUCCGGUGAACAUAAUGCUAAUCUAAUAACCGUACCAUACCAUGAUUCGAAACUCACACAGUUACUAAAACCAUAUUUAGGCGGGCAAGCAAAAUUCAUCUUAAUAAUUACAAUUUUCGACGAACCAAAAUUAAUUGAUCAUAUUAUAAAAGCUUUGAAAUUGGGAAAAAAAGCAAUGCGCAUUUCUCUAGGACCAACAAGUCCGAAUAGAACAAUUUUAACUAGUUCGUUUCGCGAACCGGAAGUUGAGAAGAGCUAGAAAUAAUUCAUGUUGUGCUAAUCAAAUCACAUUUGCUAAAGGUUAUAUUAUCUACUUUACCGUUCUUCAUAACAUGAAUCAGGCUCCAUCACCAUCAUUUAUUGCACUAAUCAGCAUUAU